GGAUGGAUGGGAGGGCUCUGGAGCAGCCGCGAUGCUGAUCUCGGGAUGGGAGGGCUCUGGAGCUGAUCCCGGCAGGCAGGGAUGGAUGGGAGGGCUCUGGAGCAGCCGCGAUGCUGAUCUCGGGAUGGGAGGGCUCUGGAGCAGCAGCGCUGCUGACGUGCUGCCGGAGCUGCAGUGACUCCGCAAUGGCUGAGCCUGCCGGCGCUGAGCGCAUCCCGCAGCCUGCCGGGGAAUCCUGUCCUUAGCUCCUCCGACCGCUCGCAUCCGCGCUCGGCUACCUGGUGCCCUGCCCUGCUGAGCCUGCACAGGGACAGGGACAGUGCCUCUGCUGUGGCUGGACCAUGAGGGACAGAGCGAGGCACUGAGGGUCACCAGCCAGGAGCACUGCCACCCACCUUAACAGGAUUGCUUUGAAAAGGCCCCAGAAGAUGUGAGCAGCGAGCAGCAGCGAGGGCCCCCUCAGCAUGGCCAAGAGGGGCUCCAGCAGCCGCGCCAGGGGGGACAAGCCCGACGCCCUGGCCGCCCUGCAGGCUGCCAACGAGGAGCUGCGGGCCAAGCUCACCGACAUCCAGAUCGAGCUCCAGCAAGAGAAGAGCAAGGUCAGCAAGUUGGAAAGGGAGAAAAAUCAGGAAGUGAAGCAGAUCAAGGAGCACGAGCAGCAUAAAAGCACAGUGGUGGUCACAGAGCUCAAAGUCAAACUCCACGAAGACAAAAUGAAAGAGCUCCAGGCUGUGCGAGAAACUCUCCUGAGGCAGCACGAAGCCGAGCUGCUCAGAGUGAUCAAAAUCAAGGACAACGAGAUCCAGAGGCUGCAGACCCUGCUGAACGCCGUGCGCGACGGGGCCCCCGACAAGGUGAAGACCGUGCUGCUGAGCGAGGCCAAGGAGGAGGCCAAGAAGGGCUUCGAGGUGGAGAAAAUCAAAAUGCAGCAGGAGAUCUCCGAGCUGAAGGGCGCCAAGAAGCAGGUGGAGGAGGCCCUGACCAUGGUGAUCCAGGCUGACAAGAUGAAGGCAGCAGAGAUCCGGAGCGUGUACCACCUGCACCAGGAGGAGAUCACGCGCAUCAAGAGGGAGUGCGAGCGCGAGAUCCGCAGGCUGAUGGAGGAGAUUAAGUUUAAGGACAGAGCAGUCUUCGUGCUGGAGAGAGAGUUAGGGGUGCGAGCCGGGCAUGCUCAGAGACUGCAGCUCCAAAAGGAGGCUUUAGAUGAACAACUGUCCCAGCUCAAAGAGUCUGACCGGCAUCUGAGCAGCCCCAAGCGGGAACUUCCUUAUGCAAGUGGUGCAGGAGACGCUUCAGAUCAUUCGGGAAGCCCCGAACAGCAGUUGGAUGAAAAGGACGCGCGGCGCUUCCAGCUGAAAAUCGCGGAGCUGAGCGGGAUCAUCCGCAAGCUGGAGGACAGGAACGCGCUGCUGUCGGAGGAGAGGAACGAGCUGCUGAAACGUCUCAGAGAAGCAGAAAGUCAGUAUAAACCCAUUUUGGACAAAAACAAACGCCUCAGUCGGAAGAAUGAGGAGUUGUCACAUGCCUUACGUCGAAUGGAAAACAAACUGAAAUUUGUGACGCAGGAAAACAUCGCCAUGAGGCAAAGAAGUGGAGCAAUAAGGAGACCAAGCUCCCUAAAUGACCUCGACCACAGCCAGGAAGAAAGGGAAGUGGAUUUCCUGAGACUACAAGUCAUUGAGCAGCAGAACAUCAUAGAUGAGCUCUCCAAGACCCUGGAGACUGCUGGCUAUGUGAAGAGUGUCAUGGAACGUGAUAAGCUGCUACGGUUCAGGAAGCAGAGGAAAAAAAUGACAAGAAUUCCUAAGAAGCCAGUGGUGGAGACGUUCUAUGGCUAUGAUGAGGAGGCUUCCCUGGAGUCUGAUGGUUCCUCCAUCUCCUACCAAACGGACCGGACCGACCAGACCCCCUGCACGCCCGAGGACGACCUGGAAGAGGGCAUGGCCAAGGAGGAGACGGAGCUGCGGUUCCGGCAGCUGACCAUGGAGUACCAGGCGCUGCAGCGCGCCUACGCCCUGCUGCAGGAGCAGGUCGGGGGCACCCUGGAUGCCGAGCGGGAAGUCAAGACGCGUGAGCAGCUCCAAGCAGAAAUUCACCGGUCCCAGGCUCAGAUAGAGGAUCUGGAGAAGGCUCUGGCUGAGCAGGGACAGGACAUGAAGUGGAUUGAGGAGAAGCAGGCGUUGUACAGAAGGAAUCAGGAGCUGGUAGAAAAGAUCAGGCAGAUGGAGGCAGAGGAGGCACGGCUCAAGCACGACGUGCAGGAUGCCAAGGACCAGAACGAGCUGCUGGAGUUCAGGAUCCUGGAGCUGGAGGAGAGGGAGCGGCGGUCCCCGGCCAUCACCUUCCACCACGGCCCCUUCACGGAGGGGAAGAGCCCCCUGCAGGUGUACUGCGAGGCUGAAGGUGUAACAGACAUUGUAGUGGCAGAGCUGAUGAAAAAGUUGGACAUUUUAGGGGAUAACGCCGUAAGUAAUCUGACCAACGAGGAGCAGGUGGUCAUCAUCCAGGCCAGGACUGUCCUCACGCUGGCUGAGAAGUGGCUCCAGCAGAUCGAGGUGACCGAGUCUGCGCUGCAGCAGAAGAUGCUGGACCUGGAGAACGAGAAGGAGCUGUUCAGCAAGCAGAAGGGGUACCUGGACGAUGAGCUGGACUUCAGGAAGCAGUCCCUGGACCAGGCUCACAAGCAAAUUCUGGAAUUAGAAGCCAUGCUCUAUGAUGCCCUGCAGCAAGAAGCUGGAGCCAAAAUUUCCGAACUUCUUUCAGAAGAGGAGAAGGAGAAGCUGAAGAGCGCCGUGGAGCAGUGGAAGCGGCAGGUGAUGAGCGAGCUCCGCGAGAGGGACGCCCAGAUCCUGCGCGAGAGGAUGGAGCUCAUCCAGCACGCCCAGCAGAGAAUUAAAGAGCUAGAAGAAAGAAUUGAAGGCCAAAAAAGACAAAUAAAAGAGUUAGAGGAAAAGCUUUCAUUCUUUGGUCAUAGUCCUUCAGGCCACAUGCACAAGCCCCUGAGGCCGCUGCUCCUGCUGUUCCUGCCCGAGGGACAGCCCUGCUUCCCCAGACCCACACAGAGACUUUGCCCCUGCACCCUCGGAUCUGUCUCGUUGUGUGCUGCUGGCCAGGGCAGCUGCAGCCUGUGGGACUUGCACGGGGCUGAGCUGGGCUGGGGGGACUCCCUGAACCCCCAAAACCCCCGAGGAGCCUUUGGAGAGGACAGGACUGAGCCCGCCAAGGAAGCCAAGGACUCCGAGAACUGUGCUGCUGCCUCAGAACUGAGCCCACCGAGGAAACCAAGAGCUCUGCUGCUGCCUCUGCUGCAGCCCAGGCUCUCUGCAGGGCCAGCCCCUGACAGCAGCACCAUCUCUGAUUCAGAUACACUGGAUUUAUCCCGGUUCCCUGCUAAGCAGGUGGCAAAUUGCUUCUGUGCAGAAGUGCCCCUGUCCUGUCUGUGUGCCACACGCUCGUGUUUGUUCCACAGUUCUUCAAAAAUCUGUCUUGGAAGAAGGUUUGAGGAAGCGUUCCAGAGGAGUAGCUCAUGAAAAGAUGGAAGUGAGUGAAAAUGAAGUGGUUUGUUCCAAGGAAUUUCUCCAUUGCACAGGGUAUGUCCCAUGCUUUGUUGAACGUCCCACAAGCCCAGUUUUAGGGAAAAUGUAAAACUACAUUCAGGAAACCAAGCUCUAAUUAUUUUUUGAGUUGUCAGUAAACCAUGAUGAGAAAAAUUAUGCAAUAAUUUGUAUUUGGCUGUCCUUGUACAAUGACAAAAGGCUUAACGCUGUCCCAGCAAAAAGUUCAGCCUGGAAAAGAAUGAACUAGACCAGAUUAUCCCUGAUCCACAUUCACUGGGCUGGGAGAGGGAACAGAAGAUGUUCUCACCUGGUAGAUGUCCUCACCUGGAAGAUGUCCUCACCUCAGCGAAAGGGAGCACAAGUCCCACAGAGCCCGAGCCUGGGAGGCUGGCACAGGAACCAGGAAGGAAAAAGAAUCCUCUAGAAAAACAGGAGAAGAGGGGAAAACCCAGAAGAAAUUCCACAGUGUGAUUGACCACGUUGGAUCCACAGCCGAGCACAGAAAUGCAGGGCUGUGGGGCAAGGCCAGGGAUGAGGAACAAGGCCAGGACCAAGGCCAGGGAUGAAGGUCAAAGCCAGGACCAAGGCCAGGGAUGGGGACCAAGGCCAGGGAUGAAGGUCAAAGCCAGGACCAAGGCCAGGGAUGGAGGACGAAGCCAAUAACAAGGCCAGGGAUGAAGGAUGAAGCCAGGAACAAGGCCAGGGAUGAGGACCGAAGCCAGGGAUGAGGAACAAAGCCAGUACCAAGGCCAGGGAUGAAGGUCAAAGCCAGGACCAAGGCCAGGAGCGAGGUGCUGCCACCAGCCAGGGUCCCAUGUGCCCAUUCCCUGGGAGCACGGGCAGGAAGGGAUCAGAGCUCUGGACAGGUACCUGCGCUGCUGGAGUUUGUAAAGCUAUGAAGAAAACCCCUGGAUACUGAAAUUCUUCAACCUCUUCCUGCCCUUGUACAUCGACAGUGUUUUAACCCAGCACUGGGAGCUCAGCUGCAGAAACACAAGGAAGGGAUUUGGUCAGAGAAGUGUGGCAUUUGAACCAGAGGGAUGCAACGUUUUGAGGCCAAGGUUGUGGAUGUUGAUAUCAGCAUACAAUUCUAUCAUGGAAUUGAUUUAACAAGCUCCGAUUCUACCAGAUACCAAUGCCAGUGCUGGCAUUCUGGGAUGAGCUGCAUUUUUGCUUCUGCAUUUCAUGCCUAAACGAGUUCAUUUUGAGUUCCACUGAAAUACUUCAUGUCUUAAAAUACUGUAUUCACUGCAGGAAGCCCUGCAGGUGGUGGCUGAGGUGACAAAGGGCACGUUAGGAAGGGGCUUGAGUCCAUCUCACGGCUCUUCAUUGGGGAUGUGCUCUUGCCCGGUGUGUCCGUGUGUCUCAAAUACCGGUUCUGUUUUCCCAUUAACUUCCUUGAUCCUGGGGGUUUUACGUACAAAGCCAAUUGUACAGGACAGGUCUGUGUGUAAAUAAGGGAUUGUGCUUAUCUAUAUGUCACUAUAAAUAUGUAUGAAGUUUUGUACAUAGGAAAGAGAAAACGGCUCAAAGAAUGUUUUCAGAACUGUGCCCUCCGUUUAAAUGCACAGACAGGAGAUUGCCAUCCGUGUGCUCCCUCACUCUCCGGGAAGGGAUCCCGCUGGUUCCGCUCGCUGUCUGCAUCCCGCCGGCUCUGUGAGGAGUUUGUGGUGGCCCGGAGCAGGGCUGGGCUCCGUGUCAGGAGGUUUUGUUAACCCGGAGCAGGGCUGGGCUCCGUGUCAGGAGGUUUUUGGUAGCCCGGGGCCAGGCUGGGCUCCGUGUCAGGAGGUUUUUGGUAGCCCAGGGCCAGGCUGGGCUCUGUGUCAGGAGGUUUUUGGUAGCCCGGGGCCGGGCUGAGCCGUGCCGAGUCUCGGCCGCUCCUCCUCACUCUGGCCCCGGUGCAUCCCUUGCAAGCACCGUCUCCAAGCCCCGGGGCGGCGGUGGGGCAGUGUCCCGAGUCCCUCGGUGCCCGGUGCGGGGGCAGCAGCCGGAGCAGGGGGUGCCGGGGCCGCCCCCCGCCCCAAACCCGCUGCUGUCUGUAUGUGUGCCAGGCGUGGACUGCUUGUUCCAGCUGCGGAGGAUGCGGCUGUUAUUUCCAGUAUUCUGCUCUAUAUCUGUAGCCUUCAGUGAUUCCUUGAGUGCCUUACGUGGCUUGUGGACAGAAUUCCUGACCAGGAGGAGAAAAUGCCCCUGGACCGCCGCCGGCUCCUUCGCACCCUGUGCCCCUGGCCGGCAGCGUGCACAGGAAGAGAUUUAGCUUCGACUCAGGAAAUCGCCGUGUGAAUAUGUGUAUUAAACCCUGUAUGAUGUGCUGUACAGUUUAUUAAAAGGGACUGCUGUAAACUUAUGCAAAACGUAACACAGAGAAGAUGGAGGUUUUUGGUGCACCGGCUGGCGUGCCGUGACCCGUGUCCUCUAAUCCUACUCCAGAAUCAUAUCCAAAAUACAGAACGCUGGGUUCAGUGCUGCGACAGCAACCGACAGCCCGAAAGCAGGGGCUGGAGAGACCGACUAGAGAAUUUUACAGAUAUUUUUGUAUUGUGAUUCCUAUGAUAUAUAUCGAGAGACUUUCUAUUCCUUUGUAAAAUACAUAAAUUAUUGUCAAUUUUAAUUAAAAAGAUCUGUUUUAAACCUUCAA